AUGAAUCCACAAAUUGAUAAUUAUAAACUUGUUGCUAAAUUAGGUACACUUAAAACAUUUGUACAACUUUUACGUUCAGUUAAUCAUCGUGAAAAUGCAACAUGUUUUUGUACAGAUAAUGGACUUAAAAUAACUGUUGAAGAUUCAAAAUGUAUACAAGCAAGUGCAUACAUACCAAUACAAGUAUUUCAAGAAUUUAAUUUAGUUGAAGAUGUUAUAUUUAAAAUUAAUUUAACAGUAUUAGUUGAAUGUUUAAAUAUGUUUUGGAGUAAUAUGUCAUCAGCAAAUGCAUCUGUUGGUUUACAACUUUAUUACAAAGAUCAAGGACAUCCAGUAACUGUGUUAAUUGAAGAAGAUGGAAUAAUAACUGAUUGUUCAUUAAAAACACAAGAUCCAGAUGAAAUUUUAGAUUUUCAUAUGGAAACUGAACUGGUUUUAAAUAGAGUUGUAUUAAAAACAACAUUACUCAGAGAUAUUUGGACUGAGCUUGAUCCAAGUAGUGAAUAUUUGGAGUUGUUGUUAUCACCAGAAACACCAUACUUUCGUAUAACAUCAAAUGGCUUAGCUGGUGAGUGUCGUAUUGAAUUACCACAUGACAGUGAUUUAAUUUGCACAUUUCAGUGCAAAAAAGAGGCAAGUUUUUUUUAUAGACAAUCACAUAUUAAACCAGCAAUGAAAGCACUUGGUUGUUGUGAAACUGUAUCAUUGAGAACUGAUAAAAGUGGAUUACUUUGUUUUCAAUAUAUGGUUAAAACUGAUGAAGGACAUAUUUGUUAUGUUGAAUAUUAUGUUUCACCAGUUGUUGAGGGAGAUGAAGAUUAAAGUCACUUGAUAAAUAAUUUAAUUAUUCUUAAAAUUUAAGUAUGUUUUGUAAACUUGAAAUAAUUAUAUUU